AUGGAAUUGCUUCCGCCACUCUCAUCUCCGACAAUAUCUUCGAUCUCCUCCUCUGAUCUCGACACCGAGUCAACUGGCUCCUUCUUCCAUGACCGGAGCACAAGCUUAGGUACUCUGAUGGGCGUCGCCACCACUUUCCCCACCAUCACAUUCAGAGUUCCCUCCCAGCGGCGUGACACUACGCCCACUGUCACUCUCGGAUCGACGCCCAGUAAUGCCGUCGGGUUUGGUGGACGCAGGAGGAGGAAGAGUAAUGCGGUGGAUUUAGUAUCUGAACGGCGGCGGAAGAGAUUGAAGAGGAGGCGGUGGUGGUGGUUGUGCAGUGGUGAGGAUUUAAAGCCGUCGUCGCUUGGGGAAUUUCUGGAGGUCGAACGGAGGUUUGGGGAAGAGGCAUUGUUUGAUGGUGAAGCAGUCAUGAAUACGAAUGAGGAUAAUCGUGAUAGGGAUAACGAAGGAAUGUUAUUCGCUGAUGGUAGGGUUUUACCACCACCACAACCGCCGUCCUCUGAUGUCGAUGAAGGGCCGACCUCUGUUUGUUCUCUUUGUCGGUUUUCAGUUUCUCUCGCCGGAAUCUGCAGCGGUGGUGCUGGAUAA